UAACCCUUCCUUUUUCCUUUAUAAUGUUUAUAAUAUUUCCCCAACUUGGUGCAAUUCCAUGUUCUACUACUCUGUUUUGCACUUUCUUCACACCCAAAGAGGGAAGAAAAUGGAGCUCACUCAAUAUGGUUUCUUAGAGGAGUUAUUAGCUUCAACGCCUUGGACCUCCUCCUCCUCCUCCUCCUCCUCCUCCUAUUCAAAUGGGUUCAAUGAUUUCUUCCCAAAUGGCUCGAAUUUCAGUUCUUUUGAAGAAAUUCCCCAAAUGGGUACCUCUAUUUCACCCCAUUUUCCCGGUUUUCAAACGCCUACUGACUUUUCUUUCGCCGACCAACACCUCUACGGCAGUUUUCUUGAAGGCUUUGCAUUACCGGAGGUGGAUUCUUUAUCGUACACUAAGAACAACGAAACCCCACCAUUUGUUUCGCUAGAGGAGAUUAGUGAUAAGAACAGUGGUUUCCCUCCGACGGCGAUGGAGGAGGAAGAAUUUGGUUUUAUGGAGUGUGAAGCGGCACCAAAUGUUUGCAAACAGGAAAUGGAGGUAAUGGGUGGGCGUGAAACUAAUGAUUCUAAAAUGGGUGUGGCAGAAUUGGGGAAAAGAAGAAGCAACAAGGCUAAGAAGCUUGAUGGACAGCCUUCGAAGAAUUUAAUGGCGGAAAGAAGAAGAAGGAGACGGUUGAAUGAUCGGCUAUCAAUGCUUAGAGCAAUAGUUCCUAAAAUAAGCAAGAUGGAUAGAACGUCUAUUCUUGGAGACACGAUCGAUUACGUGAAAGAGCUGCUUGAAAGAAUCAAUAACUUGAAAGAAGAAGAUUCAAAGCAUGCAAGUCUAAAUGGGAUCUCCAAAGAAAGGAAGUCCAAUGAAGUUCUGUUCGACGUUGAAAGGAAGGAGAUGGAGACUCGGAUCGGCAUUUGCUGUACGACGAGGCCAGGAUUAUUGCUAUCCACCGUCAACACAUUAGAGGCAUUGGGCCUAGAGAUUCAGCAGUGUGUUAUUAGCUGCUUCAAUGAUUUCUCAAUGCAAGCUUCUUGUUCAGAGGGAAGUUCUCAGAAAGCAGUGCCAAGUUCUGAUGAUAUAAAGGAGGCAUUGUUCAGAAAUGCAGGCUAUGGAGGAAAGUGCUUGUAGUGAAGAACAUUCAUGGCGUUCUUCAAAUAACUGAUCUGGAAGGCUUUUUCCAAUAAUUAAUCGCGAUUAGACUUUGAUAUACUGAAAAUGUCACUCCAAUAAUGUACUGAACCAGAUGAACUAAAGAGUUCCAUUUCUUAUGAUAAUAGCUUGUUCUUGUUUUC